AUGCUGCAGCUCAAAGUCCAGUUCCUGGAUGACUCCCAGAAGAUCUUCGUCGUCGAUCAAAAGUCCUGCGGCAAAGGGCUCUUCAACCUGACCUGCAGCCACCUCAACCUUGCGGAGAAGGAAUAUUUCGGGCUGGAGUUUCGGAGCCAGGUCGGGCACCAUGUCUGGUUGGAACCACUAAAACCAAUAACAAAACAACAGGUAAAUCCUAAGGAGGUUCUUUUCAAAUUUAUGGUGAAAUUUUUCCCAGUGGACCCUGGACAUCUGCGAGAAGAGCUGACCAGGUACCUCUUCGCCCUGCAGCUCAAGAAGGACCUGGCUUGCGGGCGGCUGCCCUGCAGCGACAAGAGCGCCGCGCUGCUGGUCUCCCACCUGCUGCAGGCCGAGCUGGGGGACUUCCACGAAGAGAGGGACCAGAGGCACCUGGCCGGCCACAAGUACCUGCCCAACCAGGACUACCUGGACCACAGGAUCAUGCACUACCACCGGCGUGGCCCCGCGGGAGCCCUGACCAUCCUGCACCACGGGAAGACGCCGGCCGAGUCGGACGCGCAGCUGCUGGACGUGGCGCGGAAGCUGGACAUGUACGGGAUCCGCCCGCACCCCGCCAGCGACGGCGAGGGCACGCACAUCAACCUGGCCGUGACGCACAUGGGGGUGCUGGUGCUGCGGGGCAACACGAAGAUCAACACGUUCAACUGGGCCAAAAUCCGAAAACUCAGCUUCAAGAGGAAGCAUUUCCUCAUCAAGCUCCACGCCAACAUCGCCGCGCUGUGCAAGGACACGCUGGAGUUCGCCAUGGCCAGCCGGGACGCCUGCAAGGCCUUCUGGAAGACGUGCGUGGAGUAUCAUGCCUUCUUCAGGCUCUCCGAGGAGCCCAAGUCCAAGCCCAAGGCCCUGCUGUGCAGCAAGGGCUCCAGUUUCCGAUACAGCGGGAGGACGCAGAGGCAGCUGCUGGAGCACGGGCGGAAGGGGCAGCUGCGGAGCCUGCCCUUCGAGAGGAAACGCCGCGCGUCCCGCUACGACGAGCGCCAGUGCCGCUCCUCGCCGGACCUGCUGACCGACGUGUCCAAGCAGCUACGUGCCAGCAAUGGAAUAGUGCUGAUCGAGUUACACAGCUCAUCAAUAACUAACACACGGGGGCUGGGGCAGGAGGGCUGGAGAGCCAGCUCCUCUCUGGAAACCAGGAAUAUGGAUAUCCGUUCUUAG